AUGCCUUACUCAGACGCCUCAUACAACUACUACUCGGGCCCCUCCGAGGUCCUCACCGACGACUCCCGAAAAUGCCAGGUUGAGGGUUGCAACAAGAAGCACGCCUUCAGCCGGCCGGACGGGGACAAGAAGGUGUACUCGAAAUACUGCUCCAACCACACCUGCGAGAAGACUUACCCCGGCGAGGUGGACUAUCACUGCAAGAACCCCAGGUCUUCGAACGAGCGAUACUGCUCACUCCACUUGACAUGCGGUGAACCCGGCUGCAAGAAGAUGGGCGAGCACUAUGGCGUGCGCGAGCACGUCCGGUGGUUCUGCGCUUCUCACCGCUGCACAUCUUCCGAAUGCCGUCUCCGCGCCACCGACCGCACCCAGCAGCGCUGCACGGCCCACAUCAUCCUCUGCAACGUCCCCAACUGCACCCGCCCGGCCCACCAACACCGCGACGGCCGCCUCGACGCAACCUGCGCAGCGCACUACGGCACCCAACUCUGCGAAUGGGCGGCCGGCUGCACACGGCGCGCCUCGGCCGGCCGCUCCUCCUCCCCCUCCACAUCCUCAUCAUCCAAAUCCCCGCAGUACUGCGCCUCGCACCAAUGCCGCACGCCCCUCUGCGAGCGCCCCCGCGCCAUCUCCCGCUCCUCCCCCUCCCCCUCCUCCCGCGACAUCCUCGACCACUGCGAGCUGCACACCUGCCGGACCUCGGGUUGCCGCGGCGAGGUGCACACGCUGGUGGACUACUGCGCGCGGCACGCGUGCGCGGGGGUGGGGUGCGGCCGGGGGGGGCGCGGCGCCGACCCGGCCACCGCGGCCGGGUCGCUGCUGGCGGUGGGGCUGGACCGGGACCUGUGCGCGGUGCAUGCACAGGCGGGCCAGCGGCGGGCGGUGUCGCUGAAUGCGGGGGAGAUUGGGCUGGAUUGGGAUGAGUUGAGGGGACGGUUUGAGAUGGGGGAGGGGGGCCGGAGGGAGAGGGAGAGGAAGCGGUUGAGUGAUGAUUUGGAGAGGAUGAGGAGGAGGGAGAGGGAGUUGGAGGAGGAUUUGGAGAGGGCGGAGAGGAGGAGGGGCUUGGACCGUGAGGCGAUGGAUCGGUUGCAGAGGGAUUUUCAGGCGUGGAAUGGCGUGUCGGAGUGGGACUCGAGGCGGUUGUAA